CCUGGGCUUGAGCUGCGCGCGCAGGGGGCCCCUGGGCUGGUGAUCGGGGCGCUGAUCGGGCGGCAGGAGGGCCGGAACAUCGAGGUGAUGAACUCCUUCGAGCUGCUGGCGCACGCGGUGGAGGAGACCGUGCUCAUCGACAAGGAAUACUACUAUACCAAGGAGGAGCAGUUCAAACAGGUCUUCAAGGAUAUGGAGUUCCUGGGCUGGUACACGACAGGUGGCCCCCCCGAUCAGUCUGACAUCCACGUCCAUAAACAGGUCAGGCCCCACUCCCCUCCUAGCAGUGGGGAGAGAACCCAGGAGUCCUGGCUCCCAGCCCCCUCU